UUUGUAUUUCUUACGUUUAAAAGCUGAAAUCUAAAACUCGUUGCAGUAGUCCCCGUCAUUUUUUGAACUCGCACCUACACGUCCAUGAAAUGAAAUCGAAUUGAUAUCAUAAAGUUAUUAUAAAUAUGGGUAUCAAACUCGUCUUUUUGUUUCUGUCAUUUUUCGCAACUGGGAAGUUGGUAAUUUCAUUGUCGCUGACAUCUGCCUACGACAAAUUGUCUGAAGAUGGCAAGUUGAACUUCACAGGAAUCGCUGCCAAGUACGGGUAUGCUUACGAACAGUAUGAGAUAACCACUGAAGACGGGUACAUCCUGACCAUGUUUCGCAUCCCCGGCGACGCGGACAAGCCUGUGCUGCUGGUGCACGGGAACACGGUUACUUCCGACUGCUACAUCAUCAGAGGGAACGAAUCCCUAGCACUCACACUAGCCAGGAAAGGCUACGACGUCUGGACGAUAAACCUUAGAGGCACAAGAUACUCGAGAAGCCAUGUAACUCUGGACCCAGAUACGCAGCCGGAUCAGUUCUUCAACUACAGUUUCUACGAGUUGGCUAUAUAUGACAUGCCCGUCACUAUCGACUUCAUCCUGCAGGAGACGGGACAAUCGGAGCUGAUCGCAUUCGGACACUCCAUGGGGACUACGCUUUUCUACGUCCUAGGAUCAGAGAAACCAGAGUACAACGAUAAGAUAAAACUUUGCAUAUCGUUAGCUCCUAUAUGUUUCCUGGAGCAUAUCACUGGUUUGGCUUCCACACCGGCCAAGUUUGCGGCGGAAUUAAAUUUACUCGGAAUCGCAACGGACACCCAAGAACUUUUAAGUUACAGUGUCACGACUCCCAUACUGCAAGCUCUAUGUCUUCAACCCACGGGAUAUGCUGUGUGCAUCCAGGGCGUUCUGUUUUAUUUAUUUGGAUAUGAUUCGGCAGGGUUAGAAGAGGAGUUCAUGUACACACUAUUUGGGCAUUUUCCAGGGGGUACGACUAGAAAGAUAUUUGAUCAUUUGGGGCAAGUUUAUAAUAGGAAUGUGUUCGCUAAGUAUGAUUACGGUACAGCAGGGAAUUUGAUCGCUUACAACAGCACGGAGCCGCCAGAGUUUGACCUGAGCAAGGUGAAGAUGAAGAGCGUCCUGAUUGUAGGGCAGGAGGACUUCUUGGCGCGGGAUGCGGACGUGCAGCGCCUCAACGCGUCGCUGCCCAACGUGGCGGAGUACCUCGUGCUCCCCUAUGAGAACUUCAACCACGUGGAUUUCAUUUGGGGUAAUAACAUGACCAACAAUUUUUACCCAUAUGUAUUUGAAGUGUUGGAAAAUUAUACAUAAAGUAGGUAAAUUAAGGUAU